AAUAUGUCAAUAACCCGUGACUUGUGACGUCAAGACACGGGAUAGACAUCCUGAAAUACACAGAUUUCACCUGAAGAGAGCAUUCUCAUCCGAUCGCCGAGGUUACACACUAGGCCUACUAAGGAUUAUUUUGAUUUUUAUAUUCACCUACAACAAAGAAAUAAACAUGUCUCUGUACCCAACAUUAGAAGAUAUGAAGGUCGACCACAUGGCCCAGGCCCAGAUGCAGCAUGAGGCAGCCAGUCAAGGUCACACCCAGCCACAGGUGACCUACCCCCAACAGCAGCAGCCACCACUAGUGUACCCCCAACAGGGGGCAGGUGGAAGCAUGUACCCCUCCCUACAGGGUGAAUACAUGGGUAUGCAGCUUACCCCCCAGGCGUACCAGCAGUACCAGCUUGUACCACAACAACCUAUGGCAGUGGGUGUAAGACAGACAAGUGGAGGACAGACACAGGUUGCUCCCAUCACAGGCAACAACAAAGGAGUCCAGCGGGCCGAGAUCAAACAGGGCAUCAGACAAGUAAUAGCAUGUAAGGAUGCUGACAACAAGAUUGGGCUCCGACUACGACAUGUCAACAAGGGUCUUUUUGUGGCACUUGUACAGGACAACAGUCCGGCUUCCCUAGCAGGCCUCCGCUUUGGGGACCAGAUCCUCCAGAUAGACGACAAGGAUGUUGCUGGUUGGGACACGGAUAAGGCCCACAAGGUCCUGAAGAAUGCCUCAGCGGACAGGAUUGUGUUCGCUGUUAGAGACAGACCAUUCGAGAGGACCAUCUCGAUGCAGAAAGACAGCAAUGGCUACAUUGGGUUUGUCUUCAAGGAUGGAAAGAUUAAGUCUCUGGUAAAGGAUUCCUCAGCAGCAAGGAACGGUGUCCUCAUAGAACACCAGCUUAUAGAGGUCAAUGGCCAGAACGUGGUCGGACUCAAGGAUGACAAAACUGGGGAGAUCUUUGAUGCUGCUGGCAGGACAGUUACCAUUACAAUCAUGCCAACCUUCAUCUACGAUCACAUUGUUAAAUGCAUGGGUAACAGUAUAAUCAAGAAGCUGAUGGACCACUCCAUCCCAGAUGUGUAAACAGUACAGCAGCAAAGUGAAAAAGACUUCUGUUACUAAAACUGUACAUUACGUGGUGGUGAGUCUGUGGCCUGGGGGAGGAGACACUCUGACCCUACAUGUCUCAGGCCAUUACCAACCCUCCUUGUGGUCUUGGCUGUCCGACCAAAACAAGGAAUCAUUACAUUCAUCACAUAUUACUAUGUGACUCUCGCAUUUGUCUCCAGCUUUCUUUAGAGGACUUUGUACAGCUUGUGUGUUGUUGUACUCAUUUUUCGUGUGUUUACCAUGUUUGAUCACUCUCUAAUUUUCCUAGAUGUACUGGUGGAAGAGAAUGAUACCCUGUAGAAUACAUUGGACAAAAAUAAUAAAAAUGUGCGUUUCUGCUUUCCACCUUAAUACCCUAAAUUGCUGUUUAUAUAAACACUAUAAAAUUCUAAAAUGAUGCCUUUGUCUAAUUUUUGCAAAAUUGUAAAAAAAAAAAAAAGGUUUUAUCAAACUACCCAAAUUUAUUGAGAUCCGAAAGCAGAAAUGGAAGGUUUUUUGUUUGUCUUACCAAGUAUGUCUUAUCCUUAUAUUUCUCAUUCAUUGUAUUUCACUGUUGAGUUCUAGGAAUAUUGAUUAUUUUGAUUAAGGAUGUUGCACAUUUAAUUAAUUAUAGCAAGAAGGAGCAUCUUCUUUGAAUUGAAGCUUGGAAAGUAGGAUUGUAGUCAGAGACUGAAAGUAGGAUAUGAUGAGCUACAGAAAGGGAUUGAGGCUGAAAAAAAGGAUAUGAUGAGCGACAGAAAGGGAUUGAGUCUGAAAAAAGGAUAUGAUGAGCGACAGAAAGGGAUUGAUCAGGGACACAAAUGGAUGUGUUUAGUUACAGAAGGAAGUAUGUUAGUAUUGGAAAGGUCAGUUAAAGCUUCAUGGGUCGACAGUUUAAGUCUGUGUAUGAGAGAAUGUAGUGGAUAUCAUAGUUUAUACUUUCCCAUAAUAACUGCUUUUAUUAAAAAUUGGACUUUUUAUGUGACCAUACUGUACAUGCAUGCUAAUGGUAGGAAAGAACAACCUAUAGGAGAUCUUAAGCAAAAAAUAAUCUGUGUUUCUGCUUUUCAUUGUCAAUUCCAGAUUUGGUUCUUGCCAUAACUUUGUUCACUGAUUUGAAAAAAAGGUCUGAAACGCUGUCUGUAUACAACCUUUGUUAAGAUAUUUUGAAAAGUAUCAAGUUUUGCUUACCAACGUUCCACAAUCUUUUGAGAGCAAAAGUUGAAACACAACAUGUAACUAUCUGUAUGUGGCCAUACCAAGGAGGUGAAACUACUACAACUGUCCUGUGUUUUAUGUAUAUAGUGUAGAAACCAGUUUUUAUCGUGUAAUUACUAUUAAUUAUCACUAAAUUAUAUUUAUUUUUGUUGAAGUUUGAAGGCUCUCAUGGUAGUGCUAGUCUAUCACAAUUUCAUUAAUCUAUUUUAGUUAAAAUUACUUAUGCCUGUUCAAGGGCUGUUAAUACAGAAUGUAUGAUGUACUAGAAUCUAUUUUCUGCUUUAUUACUUGACCUGUUGUAGAUUAAGAAUAGCAAAGUUCUUUCUUUGGCAGAAGACCAUUUUAUAUGAAGGUUUGUAAGUUUUAUUUAGAAUAGAGAUGAGGGCUCAGUUUUUCAAUUAAUACCUGAUUGGCUUAUUCACAACAUAAAUCUUUCAUCUAAAUUAUAUGUAAAAAAAAAAGUUUCAAGAAUAAAUUGCAUGUGUGUACAGGGAUUCAGAAUGAUUGUCUGAUUAUGAAUAAGACACUAACUAGCUGUAAAUUUUCAUAUCACUUUCAAACAGCACACGACCUAACCAGACUCCAGACAUCCAGGCCCUGAUCUAAAGUUGUUUUCUGUGAAAGCCCUUUGUUCAACUUUUAUUUUCACACAACUCUACAAAGUUGUUAAAUAAUUUGUUAAUUAUAAAGAUAUGUAUAUCAUUACUAUUAAAAUAUGUGUUAGUUUUAUAAAGGUUUUCAUAAUUCUUUUCUUACUUAUGAUAAAACUGUUAUCCUUGUAUUGUUAUUUCAUUGUUUUCAUUGUUAACUGAACACCAGAUUAAGUGAUUUGCUUAAUAUUUUCAUUUGAAUUUCUGUGUAAAAAAUACAACAGAAUAUGCACCAAAGCAAAUACAGUUUAUUUUGCAAAUUAAUAUCUGCUGUGCAAAAAUGAAGUUGGGCAGAUUAGUGAUAGAAAACCAAAAGUAGUUCGAUAAUUUAUCAUUGUGGUUCUAUGUCAAGCCAUUUUAUCUGGGAAUGUGUACAAUGGAACCUGUGUAUAAUGACAUCAGUGAGGAGUAUUUGGUCGGAUAAGAGAGGUGUUAGGAGUAAGAGUUAAGGACAGAGACAACUAGUUUUGUGGGGCUCAGAAAAGUAUGCCUUGUGUUUGCAGCUCAUACACCAGAAAAGAACAAUGCUAAUAUUAUCUUUGUCAUUCGUAUGCAUCUAUAUCCAGACAGAUUUUCAUUUUUUAUGUAAAUGAUAAGAAAUUUCAGCUUUCCCACAACAUGUGUAUCGAAAAUAACAGAAAUUCAUAUUUGAAAAUCAACUCUCAUUACAGUACAAAAAUAAUAAUCUAAUGCAUAAGGCCAUCCCAUCUUCCAUCAGUGGCUUUCAGUGAUUACAUACCGGUACUGAUGUUUGAUUUAGGUCUCAUCUGUUACCUUCCAUUUAACCUUGUCUAUCUAGGGUUAGAAUUGACAAGUUUUACGGAUCAUCAAUUUUGUUUGCCCUACUUCACUACCUGUAGUCACAGAUAUUUUGUCACAGUCCAUGAUUUUCUCACGAAAUUGCAACUACAUUAUUUUUCCAUUUGGUUUCUACCAGUUAGUGUUUCUUUGAAAUAUUCUGAAGACAGAUACAAUGCACUCACUAACUCCUUUUGUCAUCGAACCCAACAUAGGAUGGAAUUCACUGGAUACGGAGAUAAUCUGGUUUGACAUAGUUCUUCUGCAUAUAUUGUGAUCUGAUAUGAUUAUGGAUGUAUUUUCUUAUUUGAUAAUAAAAUAAAAUGUUGAAAACUUA